UACUCUCCUGGGAUGCGUGGAUUUUUGGUCACCCUGUGAGUCAGUCCAUGGCUGUUUUGAGGUCGAGCGCCUUUUUUGGCAUCAGAUUGUGUGUUUGAAGUGGCCAACUCCAAACGAAAAUGGCCCAAUUGAAGCCUUUGCUCCGAAAGCCACGCCCGCUAGAUCUGCAACUCAGUGAUGAACCAGACGAAGAUUUGUCACCGUUAUUGAAUAUCCCGGUUUCCGCUUGCGUGGUGACGCCCUCAGCCACGCCCCCUUCGCCGUGGAUGGCCUCGACCUCGUCCAAGCCCCAAAUGGGCGUGUCUCGCCUCGAUCGUCAUCUCCGGGAAUCUCAGACCACGAUUUUAGGCUCGGAUUCCUUGACUUUAAAAGAACCCUCAGGUUCGAAAAACCCGGAAACCGCUUUCAAGUCGAUUCAAGACCAGACAAAUGAUUCUUUGGGGUUGUUACCCGUGGAAACCUUGGCGGAUGACUCGGCAGGUCAAAAUUCGGCCACGCCCUCCUUAUUGUUUGGUAACUUGUCCUCUCUGAAAACGUCACAGACCAGAUCGGACCGGGAGGAUGUCUUCAAGGUACCAUCCUUGCCCCCUCACAUUUUGAAUGAGAAACCUUUGCCCGGGAUUGAUCAACGGUUCUUACAAGCCCAAGCUUUGCUCCCCGAAUCGUUUUUGUCUUUAGGAGGCAACUCCACCAUCAAUCAAAGCAGUUUUGCCUGGGAAAAAAUUCUCCAGAACGAGUCGAAGAUUGUGAAUUCAAAGGAAGUCAAUGUGGAAGUACCCUUGAAUGAUGAUGAGUCAUUUGCGUCCCUCAACCAGAAACAUCACGACUCUUUCUUCAACGGACAGUUUUCGGCACGUUCCACGUCUUUUGGCGGCUCCAACGAGGGCAAUGACGAAGGCCCCACUCGAGAUGAAAGAUUCUCGGAUUUCAGUCAGCGUUCCAAGUUAUUCCAGAAUAAUCCCGCUGGAUCUUUCUUGGAGGGUCCUGAGGGCUUUGCUGGUUUGAGCCAAGAUCUCGGCGAUGUUGAGGGUUUCGGGGAUGGAGACUUUGAGUCUGACAUGGGUAAAGCCCACGCAUUCAUGGAUGAACAAGAGAAAGAAUUCCUUCAGUUUGAGGAGUCCAAGACAAAAUCCAAUGUUUCCGGGUUUUCGGUGGCCAAUGUGAGCUUCAAAAUGCCGUUGGAAACUGAUACUCAAGAUGUGGAGCAAGAAUGUUUUGAAGCAGAGGAAGGGGAUGUGAUGUCCAGGUCGAAAUACUUUAUGCAGAACUCGUCGCGUCUCGGGGCUUUGGAUAGCACCUUGACCGGCUUAAACCGACCUGACUUGGGAUUCGAUCGAAAAAUUGAGAGUCCCGAAAAGGAUGAAAAGGAUACAGAUCCGAAAGCGACGGAUUCCACCUACACACUUAGCUCAGGAAAUUCCACCCAAAUCCUCGACAAAGUCGACGCAUUCAAACAUAUGGACUUGAACACGUUGCAAGACUUGAUUGCCAAGGCUUCUAAAGACCAUAAUCCCGCCUACUACGCCACCUUGAUCGCCAAAUUUGCUCAAGAGAAGAUCCAAUCCGAGACCAUGAAUGGCACUGUCUCCGAACUUUUGCCCUCUUUCCUGGAGACUUCCAAGUUUCCGGACGAGACUCAAACCUUGGAGAUCCGAUGUCCGAGUCCGACCCGCAAAAAUCCAUCGGUAAAGAAAUCCCGAAUCCCAGUGCGAUCUCCUAAGCAAGGCUUGCCCAGUCAGAUCCCAAUUCGCAAAGGUAGUGCUCCCAACUUGAAUGCCAAAAAGAAAGCCAUUCAAGGCCCGAGAUUCUCAUCGCCCAACAAGCGAUAUCCACGAUCUUCAAGUCAAGUAGAAAACACCACGUUGACAAAGGUUCCCAGUCAAGUGGGUGGAUCGGUUCAGAAGACGCUUCUCCAAAUGGAUGGAUCGGUUCAGAAGAUCUCGAAGAACCUCUUCUCUCAAAAUGAAGGUCAAGGUCAGAACCAAGAGAAUCAAGAGAACACCUCGCCAAAUGUCCAAGGCAAACCAGCGAUGCCCUUCAAAGGGUUUCCCAUUGACAGUGAUCGCUCCGUCAUGAAUUGGUUCGGGGUGAGCAUAGGGCGUUCCGAGGAACAGAUUGUAGUGCUCAGGAACAAACUGGAACAACCUCUGACGGUGAAUCUAAUGAUACGGGAUAGCAAGGACUUCAAAAUCGGAUUGUCCACGAGUCAAUCCGUGCAAAUGGGUCCAUUAUCAACCCAAGACAUCGCAAUCAACUUCUCGCCUCCGGAUUUAGAGGCUUGCUCGGGAAAAUUGGUGAUCAAACCCCAGGGCACUUCUGGACCGGGUAACAAGGCCUUCAAGGCUAGUAUUCUUCUCCAAGGUCAAGGUGGCACGCCAGCCUUGUCUUUCUCGGGCUUUGGAGAUCUGGUCAACGGGAAGCGAUCGCUUCAUUUGGGUCCAAUCCCUGAGCACCAGGAGCAGAUUGUCAGAAAGAUGCGAGUGACAAACGAUGGCAAUGGGGAUGCGUUUGUCAAAUUGCAGGGAUUUCGCGAUGACGAAUGUCGCUUAGCGGAUAAUUCCUUCAUUCGUUUGAGUCCCAGUCAGUUUGUGGUUAGUGCCAAGUCGUCCAUGGACCUGUCGAUGGCCAUCGAUCCUAAUUUGAUGAGUGAGGAAGGUUCCUGCUCGUUCAUCGGCUCCAUAGCCCUCUUCCAUGGACCCGAGAUCUGCCGGCAAGUGAUGUUGGAAGCCAGGAAGAUCCCGGGGGCGAUUCGACUGAGUUCCUCGUCCGCGUUAUUGGGUUUAGAUUUCACCACACCUUUUCAACACUCCAAAUCCAUUCAGUUCAGCUCCAGAGUGGUUGACCGGGACGUCAAGCACUUCUACAGUAAGACUCAACGAGAAAUCAUCGAGUUGAUUGGCCAGAAAUCCAAUCCAUCCGGAUUCAAUUCCCUACAUGUAGAGGAGACGCUCAGUGAAUCCAGAAUCAAUUGUACAUUCGCCCAAGACCGGUCUAUGAACCCGAUGCAAACCAUUCAGGAAAUCCGAGGAGAACCUGAACCUACCAAGAAAGAUCGGAAGCCGCUGAAAACGGUAUAUUUGGCGGCUGAAACGAUCUUCUUCCCAUUGACGAAAAUCGGAACGAACGCGUUGGCCAAGAUUGUUCUCAAGAAUCGAACACCAAGUCCGGUCACUUUCCACUUGGAAGACAUUAGUCCACCAUUUAAGAACCGACACAAACUGGUGACGGUUCAAGCCAAUUCCUUUUUGAACGUGCCCGUGUUUUAUUCCCCUACGAAUGUUGGCCCGCAUCAGACUGCGGUCACUUUCAAGGGAUCCGAAGGCCGGAACUUGGUGGCCGUCUUGAAAGGGAACACUUCGCCCAACUAACCUUUUUGGUAUCUGCCCGUACUAAGAUAACCUUUUUAACCCUGUCUUAACUCACUUCUGUCCUAUAGUUGUCCAGUACUGAUCCAUAACAUAAAUACACACACCUUGAUAUGA